UCCGGUGUGGAGCGAGGGCUUGUCAGUGGCUGGCUGAGGGCGAACUGUCUUCCCGCCGUUUUCUCUGCUGGAGCCUCGUCGGCCGACGACUCCUCUAGUGAAUAUGCCUAAUGUAAAGAAGACAGCAGGAAAAAGAGGUCCUGCAAAGCGGAAGCUUGCAGAAGAAUUCCCUCCAGGAGAAGUUUUUACUGACAUAUUAAAGAAAGAUUGGAAGCUUGGUCCAGUUAUAGGCAAAGGUGGUUUUGGCUGCCUGUAUCUUGCUGAUGUUAAUUCUUCAAAAUCUGUCACAAAUGAUGCACCCUAUGUUAUAAAAGUGGAGCCCAGUGACAAUGGACCACUCUUUACUGAAUUAAAUUUCUACACGCGAGCUGCUAAACCAGACCUAAUUAAGAAAUGGAUUUCUUCUCACAAACUGAAAUACUUAGGUGUUCCAAAAUACUGGGGUUCUGGCAUGCAUCAAAAGAAUGGCAAAAGCUAUAGAUUUAUGGUGAUGGACAGAUUUGGGAAAGAUCUUCAGAAGAUUUUUGAAGAGAGAGGAAAACAGUUUACACGCAAAGCAGUAUUACAAUUGGGCUUGAGAAUACUUGAUGUUUUAGAGUAUGUUCAUGAACAUGAAUAUGUGCAUGGAGACAUCAAGGCCUCAAAUCUUCUCCUGGGCUACAAAGCUCCACAUCAGGUGUACCUGGUGGAUUAUGGCCUUGCAUAUCGAUACUCCCCAGAAGGAAAUCACAAGGAUUACAAAGAAAAUCCAAAACGGUGUCAUGAUGGAACCCUUGAAUUUACUAGUAUUGAUGCACACAAGGGGGUGGCUCCUUCAAGGCGUGGUGACUUGGAAAUUUUGGGUUAUUGUAUGAUAUGUUGGCUUAGUGGCAAACUGCCUUGGGAAGACAACCUGAAAGACCCCAGUUAUGUCAAAGACUCCAAAAUUAGGUAUACUGAUAAUAUUGCAGAAUUGAUGUGCAAGUGUUUCACUGAAAAAGAUAAGCCAGGUGAAAUAGCCAGGUAUAUGGAAACAGUGAUGGCUUUGACCUACACUGCAAAACCACCAUACCAGGAAUUACGAGAAAUACUUCUUCGAGGUCUCAAGGAAAUUGGUCAGAAGGAUGAUGGUAUAUUGGACUUUGAAAUUUCAGAGAAUGGAGAUGUUCCAGAAAAGCCUGCACUUAAGACGAAAAGGAAAUUAGUUGCUGCGGUUGCUGCAUCAGGGGCAGCCACUUCUGAUGAAGAUGAUGCUGAAACAGCUAUAGAUGAUGUGAAGACUAUCAAAAAAAGGAAACGUGCAUCACCUAAGAAGGGAGCCACGAAACCCAAGUCACAGGAGAGUUCUCGGAAAGCCAACACAAACCUGAAAGUGAGGAAGAGGAUCGAGAAGUAAAAGAGCUGGAAUGAGGUGUGCGUCCAGCUUUUGCUUAAGUGUAUUUGUUUGGUUUAAUUGCAGCAGUAGGGCAUUUCCCCUUUGUGUAUGUGUCUAAUAUACAGACUUACAAUUCAGUACUGCAUUGUGUAGUUGGGAUUGGAAGAAUAAAUAUUUUAAGACUUGUGUACAGAAUGUACAGUUUAAUACAAAUGCAGUUAAAAAUUCUUCACUGGCUGUUUUUGCACACUCUUUGGCAGUUGUUCAGUUUCUGUUGAACUUGAAUAAAAAAUAAAAUUUUAA